ACUACACAACAAAUCCUAUCCUUCAAGAUUUCCCAGCUAAAUCAAACAAAUACAAAAAAAACACUUGUUCUUCCCUCACUAAACCAUGUGAAACCAACCCACCAAGCCAUCACCAUUCACCCCUUAGCAGCCGCUCUGACACUCUCUAUAUAUACCACACACAACUAUAGUACCAUUUCAUCACCCCAUCUUGUCUUCAUUUGAUUCAAAACAAAAGAUGGGUUUUGCUUAUUUACUCUGUUCCUGUCUUUUCUUGCUGUUGGAACAAUCAUUGGCAGGACAAGAGUACUUCAAUGUGAGCAGAGCCUGGAGAGGAAGGAAGCAAUUGAGUGGGUGUAAUUUGUUUCAAGGCAAAUGGGUUUUUGAUGCUUCAUAUCCUCUCUAUACUUCCUCUGGUUGUCCCUUCAUAGAUGAUGAAUUUGAUUGCCAGAAGUAUGGUAGACCUGAUAAGCAGUAUCUCAAGUAUGCUUGGAGGCCUGAAUCUUGUGGCACACCCAGAUUUGAUGGGAGGAGAUUUUUGACAAUGUGGAGAGGGAAGAAGAUAAUGUUUGUGGGUGACUCACUGAGUCUCAACAUGUUUGAAUCGUUAUCUUGUAUGAUUCAUGCGUCGGUGCCGAGUUCAAAGACCAGCUUUGCUAGGAGGGACUCUCUGUCUUCUGUGUUCUUUGAGGAGUACGGAGUGUCUAUUUACUUGUAUAGAACACCAUACCUGGUUGAUAUAGUGAAAGAAAAUGUGGGGAGAGUGCUCAGGCUAGAGUCCAUUGAAGCUGGAAAAACAUGGAAAGACAUGGAUAUGUUGAUCUUCAACACCUGGCACUGGUGGACACACACUGGAAAAUCUCAGCCAUGGGACUACAUUAGAGAUGGGAGUGGACUGCAUAAAGAUAUGAACCGUUUGGUUGCAUUUCAGAAAGGCUUGACUACUUGGGCUAAAUGGGUUGAUCUCAAUGUUAAUCCUACUAAAACCAAAGUCUUCUUCCAGGGGAUUUCUCCCACCCAUUAUCAGGGCAAGGAAUGGAAUCAACCAAAAAAGAGUUGCGACGGCCAACUGGAGCCGCUAUCAGGAUCUACUUAUCCAGCAGGAACUCCACCGGCAGCUGCAGUGGUGAAGAGUGUGUUGAGCUCCAUAAGAAAACCAGUUUAUCUACUCGACAUAACAACACUUUCACAACUGAGAAAAGAUGCACACCCGUCUAAUUAUGGUAACGACCGUUCAGGCAAUGACUGCAGCCAUUGGUGCCUACCUGGAUUGCCUGAUACUUGGAACGAGCUUCUAUAUGCAGCUCUAGUCAUGUGAAGUUCAAUACCAUAGUUUUCCAUAUGUUUUUUCUUUCUACAUUUAAGGGGCAAAUGUCUCUCAUUAAUUUACUUCUCAUGGAUGAUAACAUGGGGGGUAAAUCAAUUGUAAAGUGAUUGAUUAUGUUUGACCAUGGUAAUAAGUUAAUAACAUAUAGAUAGGACAGCGAUAUGGAUGAUGCAAAUGUAUCUUUAUGUGAUUAUGCAAGGCAAGUUUCUUCUGGAAGUUAUUUACUCCAUUAAA